GGACUCCCCCGAGUACCCGUUUUCCCGGCGCUCGCAGCCCUGGCGCCGGUUCCGUGCCGGUUUCUCGGAGCUGCUGGCCGUGCUGGUGCUGCGGGGGCAGCACCGGGAGCUGCGGGACGGGUUCCUCAUGGACUCGUGGCUCUCGUUCCUGGCCGGCCUGGCCGACUCCCAGGUGCGGCCCUUCCGCCACACCGGCACGCUGGCAGCCCUGAAGCUGAUGAGCUCCCUGGUGGAGGUGGCCCUGGGGGUGGGGCAGCAGCAGGAGAAUUGCCAGCGCCAGCUGGAGGCAGAAAUGGGCAAAGAGCCGGGGCGGAGGGGCACGGAGCGGCUGGAGGCGCUGCGGGAGCGCCAGCGAGAGAACGGGGGAAAUAUGGGAAAAAUGGGGUAA